UAAAUAAAAUAUGAAGAAUUCUCGAGAUAAUUGGAGAACAUGAAAACAUAAUUAAUUAAGAUAUCUGAAUGUUUAAGCAAAUAAGAUUAUUAAUAAAUGAAAGACAAUUUAUAAGUGAUAAAAGAAUGGUACCAAAAUUUAAACAAUUAACAGGAGAUUAUGAAGUAAAAUUAAGUUGGGACUUAAUUAGUUAGAAUAAAAAAAAUGAUUUAGGCAUUGGAUUUAGAUAAAGAAUAAUAAUAAAUAUUAGAUAUUAAACAAGAUAAUGCCAAUUUACUCUAAUAAGGAAUAUAAUUACUAAAUUAGUAGAAAUGGUAGGAGGCUAAUGAAAAAAUUACUGAAUACAUAAAAUUAUAAGAGAAACAAUAAUCCUUGGGAACAUUCUUUAAAUGUAUUUCUUUAAUUGAAAUGAACUAACCAGGAUAAGGAAUAAUUAUGAGGGAAUAGGCGAAAAAGAUUAAUAAUAACUUGUAUAGAGAUCUAUUAGAUUAUUCGGAUCAAGAAUUAAGGAAAAACCCAUAAAAUACUUUUAUUUUAAUUGCAAAAAGCUAUGCAUUAUAAGAAGAAAAGUAAUUUCAAUAGGCUAUUGCGUUAUGCGAAACGGUUUUAAGAGAUGAUCCUUAACAUCUACAUGCUUUGUAUAGAAAAAGCUAUUCUUUAGAUUACUUGAAACAAUAUUCAUAAGCAAUUGUGUGUAUUGAACUAGCUCUAAAACUUAAUCAAUAGUAUAGUAUUGGUUAUUGUUAAAAAGGGUACUCCUUAGGAGAGGAGGGUAAAUAUCAAGAUGAAAUUAUUUGCUGUGAUAAAGCAAUCCAAUUAGAUCCAAAUUUUGCAAUGGCCUAUAAUAAUAAAGGUAGGGCCUUAAAUAAUCUUAACAAAUAUGAUGAUGCAAUUAUUUGCUUUGAUAAAGCAAUCCAAUUAGAUUCAAAUUUUGCAAUCACCUAUUAUAAUAAAGGUAAUGCCUUAUAUAAUCUUAACAAAUGUGACGACGCAAUUGUUUUCUAUGAAAAGGCAAUCUAAUUAGAUCCAACUUAUGCAAAUGCUUAUUUUAAUAAAGGGGAUGUAUUAAUAAAAAUCAAGAAUUACAGUUUAGCUCUAAAGAAUUAUGAGCAGGCAAUCGUAUAUUGUCAAUCAGAUUAGGAGGAAUUUAAACGUUUAAUUGUGGAAAUAAAAAAUAUAAUAUGAAUAUUUAUAAAUUGAAUUAGUAAAAUAUUAUUUGGUUUA